GAAUAAGUUCCCGGAUGCGGCUCUCGCGCUCGAUCUUUCCAGAAGCCGCUGGUGGAGCAGGAAGCCGAGCUGUGAGGGAGCCGCACUGACCGUCUGUGUUCUGGGUCUGAAGGAAGCCUGCUGCUGUAUAUACUUUGAAAAUGGUAAAAGAGACUGGAUACUACGAUAUUCUGGGUGUGAAACCCAAUGCUACCCCAGAGGAACUCAAAAAAGCCUACAGGAAGCUUGCCUUAAAAUAUCACCCUGAUAAGAAUCCAAAUGAAGGUGAAAAGUUCAAACAGAUUUCGCAGGCUUAUGAAGUUCUCUCUGAUACCAAAAAGAGAGAAUUGUACGAUAAGGGUGGUGAGCAGGCCAUUAAAGAAGGUGGAAUGGGAGGAGGUGGCUUUGGCUCACCAAUGGACAUCUUUGAUAUGUUCUUUGGAGGAGGUGGAAGAAUGCAGAGAGAACGUAGAGGUAAAAAUGUAGUUCAUCAGUUGUCUGUAUCACUAGAAGACUUGUAUAAUGGUGCAACUAGAAAACUGGCUCUGCAGAAGAAUACAAUCUGUGACAAAUGUGAAGGUCGUGGUGGCAAGAAGGGAGCAGUUGAAUGCUGUCCAAGCUGUAGAGGUACUGGCAUGCAGAUCAGGAUUCAUCAAAUAGGACCUGGAAUGGUUCAACAGAUUCAGUCUGUGUGCCCAGAGUGCCAAGGUCAAGGCGAGAGGAUAAAUCCUAAGGACCGUUGUAAAAGCUGUGUUGGUCGUAAGAUUGUCAGAGAGAAGAAAAUCCUUGAAGUCCAUAUUGACAAAGGAAUGAAGGAUGGUCAAAAAAUUACAUUUGCUGGUGAAGGAGAUCAGGAACCUGGACUGGAAGCAGGAGAUAUUAUAAUUGUAUUGGACCAAAAAGAUCAUGCUGUUUUUACAAGGAGAGGUGAAGAUCUGUUGAUGCAUAUGGAAAUUGAACUUGUGGAGGCGCUGUGUGGCUUCCAGAAACCAAUAGUCACACUGGAUUCUAGAACUAUAAUAAUAACCUCUCAUCCUGGUCAGAUUGUUAAACAUGGGGAUGUGAAAUGUGUGCUCAGUGAAGGAAUGCCAAUCUAUCGCCGGCCAUAUGAAAAGGGACGUCUAAUCAUUGAGUUCCAGGUUAACUUCCCAACAAGUGGCUUCAUCUCGCCAGACAAACUUCCUAUGUUAGAGAAACUCUUACCUGCAAGAAAAGUUAUUGAAGAGGCUGAAGACAUGGAGCAGGCUGAGCUAAUGGAUUUUGAUCCUUCCCAGCAGCGGCAAAACCAUUACAGAGAAGCCUAUCACGAAGACGAUGACCAUCCAAGAGGAGGUGUGCAGUGCCAGACCUCUUAAACCAAGCCAGUCCAUAAUGGCAUUAGCAGCAUAAACCUUGCUCUUGCUAUCUGUCUGACACCCAUCCAUGACUACUGCAACAAGCCAUUAUAAAGAACUCUGCUCUCACAUGUCUGUCCCUGAAGAGAAAUGUAGAAAAACUCAUUUUGAGCCUAUGUAAAUCUGAAGGCAUAAACAAAACUACAUUUGUUUUGUAUAAAGCUACCACAAAGACUUGACUGGUGCACAAUCCACUUAUUGAAACCUCAAAUAUUUAAUUGAUACAGGAAAUAAAUGUGUUAUACUGUAAGUUAAUAUUUGUAGUCUCGGGACUGAUGUCUGAAACAAUGGCUUUUUAUGUAAAGUUGCAUUUAAAAUUAACUUAUGUACGUACAUGUGAACAUACAAAAAACUUUUUUUUUUUAAUUACACAUGCAAACAAUAAAAGUGUUUUUGUGGUUCUGC